ACCAAUCCAAGAUAUCAAAAUGGAUAAGUUCCGAAUGAUGGCCCAGAUUCUCCAGUCCAACCAAGAGUCUUUUAUGAAUGGUAUUUGUGGCGUCAUGGCCCUGGCGAGUGCUCAGCUCUACACGUCUUUUGAAUUCAACUGUCCCUGUAUCCCUGAAUACAACUACUCAUAUGGGAUCAGCAUGCUUGUUAUUCCACCUAUAUGGUUCUUCCUUUUGGGUUUUGUACUAAACAACAAUGUCUCGAUGCUGGCGGAGGAGUGGAAACGGCCGGUAGGACAGCGGAGGAAGGACCCUACAGUCAUUCGCUACAUGUGUGUGUCCAUAUCCCAGCGGUCACUCAUCGCACCAGCCGUUUGGAUCUCAGUGACUCUAAUGGAUGGUAAAAGCUUCCUGUGUGCCUACAGUAUGGACCUGGACAUGUCUGAAUUUGGCAAGAAUGUAAGUGGACACGGACUGUCUCAAGAGGAACUCUUACGAACACUGGCCAAAAUACCAUGCAAGCAUAUAUAUGAUGGCCAGCACAUCCUAUCGAGAGAGGCCGCCACCAGAUACAUAUGCUGUAUUUCACAGGCAUUUGGAUGGUUGUUCUUGUUGAUAAUCACAAUCGCUGCAUUUCUGAUCAGAGCCAUUCGUCCCUGCUUCACUCAGGCCACCUUUCUCAAAACCAAAUACUGGUCCCACUACGUAGACACGGAGCGCAAGAUGUUUGAUGAGACUUGCACAGAACAUGCCAAAAGUUUCGCCAAGAUCUGCAUCAAGCAAUACUUUGAGGGUGUUAGCGGUGAGAUUCAAAGCCUUCAUGAUCAUUCACGUGGAGAUGAUAGCGAUGAUGAGGACAAUAAACCUGCUACAGAAGAAGACACACUGAUGGGCGUUCGGCGUCAGGACACCAUGAAUAAGGUGCUGUGGGACUGGCACACGUGUAAACCUCCGCUGACUCUGAGAAAGUCUGGCGAUGCUAGCACUGAACAAAAUGGCGAUUGUAGCAUGAAUGCUAACAAAAAUCAAGACAAAAAUAUCGGUGAUAAAACUGAACUUAAUGAGGGCCAAAAUGGCUUCAAAUGCAGUUAUGUGAAUCCUGGCCUUGAUAUUGGCCAAAGCAAUUUGGACAAGGGAUAUGAGAAUGCUAGCUUUAGCACAGAACAAAAUGGUUUUACGAAUAGACAUAGCAAUGCUAGCACAAGCCAAAAUGGAUUCAUGAAUGGUUGUGUCUCUUCUCCAUGCAAUACUCAAAGGAAAGCAUGGGCAGUGUAUUACAGCAAAGUCUGAGAUAUAUAUAUGUCACAUCUGACAAGAAAUCCUACUAUAUUACUUUUCUAAUGUAUGUUGUC